AUGCCACCGGCGGCGCAGCAGAUAAGCUCACAUUACUCACAACAGCAGCAGCAGCAGCACCAGCACAGUGUUGCUAGUAGCGCUCCACCAGCACAUACUGCAAGCAGCAGCCUUGCAGGAGCAGCGAAAGGGGCGAGGGGAGCAGCCACACGAACUGACUCAGUGUCUGCUGCUGAUGCUUCCACCACCACUACUGCUGCCUCUUCCAACCUCACCUCUCCCCUCGCCUCCUCUCGCUCCCUCUCCCCUGAUCAAUCCGAAGCCAGCAGCACCAGCGGCACCCCCCCCUCCUCCCACUCCGCCCACUCCCUUGCCACCGCAGCCAGGCAUUCCCUGGCACAAAGUGGGCGGGGAAUAGUGGUGGGGAAAGGUGCGGAGGGGCAUGGCGUUUCCCUGCAGCAGCCGCUGCUGGAUGCUGCUGCAGGGGUGAUGGGUGGCGUGGGGAGGCAGGGCGCAGGGGGUGGAGGAGGAGGGGGAGGAGGGGGAGGGAGAGGGGGAUUAGGAGGAGGAGGAGCGGGGAGAGGAGGGGUAGGGAGCAGUGCGGCGAGUGAUGGGGCGAGGACCCCUCGGUUCCGCUGGCAGAAGCUCAGAGUGAAGGGCCGGCAGCGCAUCGUGCUUGCGGUGGUAUCGUUCAUAUCGCUGCUGACUGCAGUGUUCGCCUGCCUCAUCUGGUACGGCUUCGGAGACAACCCCAUCGACCCCACGCUCAUGGCGCAGAUGCAUGCGGACUUCUUUGCAGUCGCGACACUGUUAUCCGGUGGCGGCCUCGCCUUUUACGGACUACUGCUCUUCUCCAAAAUGUCGGUUCUCAGGGCCGGCCCCAGCGCCGCUGACCUCAGCAAGAUUGCAUGGCUGGCGGGCAUGUGUCUGCUCUGCUUCUCCCUCCGUGCAUUCAUCGUCCUCGCCAAAUACAUCCCGCCCAUCAUGAAUCUCUCCUUUCGGGACAAGCAUGGCAACCUGCUUCCUUUCUGGUUCCUCGUCUACCAUUGCAUAGCUGGUGCAAUAUUGGGGGUUCCAAGCAGUGCCAGCAGCUGCCCUUCUGGUUCGUUGCCAGCAGCUGCCCUUCUCGUUCGUUGCCAGCAGCUGCCCUUCUGGUUCGUUCCUCGUCUACCACUGCAUAGCGGUAUCUAUGUGAGCGGUGCAGACGCCGCCCACAGCCCAGCAACAGUGCCCCGCCACAUCGUUCCCUCCCUGCUUGUCACUGACCCCACAUCACACUGUCCCCACUUUCCCUUUCCCUCCCCAGGCGAGACAGUCCCAUCAGCCAUGGUCCUUUUCAUUCUCAAGGACCUUCCGCCCAAGUCCCGCCUCCCCUCCCACCCCUCCCUCCCCUCCUCCUCCUCCUCCUCUCGCCCCUCCUCGCGUCACGGCACCCGAACCCAGUCUUCUCGCUCUCGCACCUCUAUCCUCCCCACCAACCUCCCCACCACCGCCUCCUCCUCCUCCACCUCCCCGCAUCCAGCGUCCAUCUUCUCUUCUCUCGCUCCCGGGCGGCCUUUGCUCGCCUCGCCCCACCACCCAGGUGCAGCAGCAGCAGCUUUCCUUCUCCCCUCUGCUGCUGCCGCUGCCGCUGGCACUGCUGUUGGUAGCAGUGGUAGCGGUGGUGGGCGUGGGGUUGGUGGUGGUAGUAGCGGUAGCAGUGGUAGCAGUGGUGCUGCUUUAGCAGCCUCCCGACCUGGUGGUCACAUGGGCAGCAGCAGCAGUGCCAUUGCCCGUCUCCCUGCUCCUCCUCUCGCCCCUCUCCUCCCCCAGUGGGUCGUUCCCCCUGAGGGCGAACCCUACUCUGUCCUUCCCCCCGCCGCUGCUGCUGCUGCGUCUUCCUUUGCUGCUCUGGCUGCUGCUGCUGCUGUGGCUGCAGCGGCAGAAGCAGCGGCAGCGGCUGCAGAGGCGGAGGAACAAGGGAGGAGGAAAGGGAGUGGGAAGGGGCGGGGGAGAGGGAAGGGGGGGGCUGGGAGAGGAGGAGGAGGGGGGGCGGAGAGAGGCGGGAAGGCGGGAGGAGGCAGGGGGAGGGCGAGGGGGGAAGUGGGUACAGAGGGUAAUGCAAGAGGACCAGUAGGUGUGGAUACAGGGGUGUCACUAGCGGGAGCGAGUGGAGUAGGGGGAGGGGCAGUUGGGGGAAGGGGAGAGGGGUCCCCGGUGGGAGAAGGACGAGGAGAAGGGAGAGGAGAAGGAAGAGGAGCGGGAGGAGCAGGGGAUGGCACAGAGGGUGCAGUUCGUGACAAAAGCAGCAAGACAAAGAAACCGUCUAGGCUUCGCAUGGCCAGCUAA